CGCCGCUGGCCGAGCACUGCUGCGAUUCUUCGGCGCCGAGAGUGACCAUGACGUAGACCACCCCCGCCCUCUUGCGUGGCCCGUGCGCGCGACAUGACUUCUCUUCUGGUCGGCCAGGUAGUGGUGCGACGACGUGUCAGUCGCUGCUGUGCCGCCAAACAAAAAUUACUCUCGUUGUGAAUUCUCGGUCCAGUCAGACAGACAGAGAGAUCAGCCGGCGUUGCGUGCUUUUUCGCCAGUGUGAUUUGAUUUGUGCUCUCGCGCACCGGUGUCCUCCCCAACGCUCUCUCACCACGUAGGCGAACAGAUGGAGUGGAACAUUUGUCUGGUGGUCGCGAGGUGAGCCGCGCGAGUCGCUGCACAAAGUGGAGCCGCCUGUGAUAUGCGAGAUGCUCUUGAAGAGGGCUAUGCGCUACUACCGCCUUUGGAUCUACGCGUGCAACGUGGCGCUGCUGGCGAGCGUCGUGGGCUUCGCGUGCGUCGCCGGACGCACGCUCGCGGACCCGCGACGCGCGCUCAUCCCCGCCGUGCGUUUCCUCUACCAACCCACUUUCCUCUACGCCUACCUGGCGCUGAUCGCGCAGGGCGGCGCCGUCCAGGUGCUCGGCUGCAUCGGCGCCCUCAGACUGAACGAGCGCCUCCUCGAGCUCUACUGGCUCCUGCUUUUCCUCCUCCUCUGCGGCGACGUCCUCAUCGGCCUCAGCUGGAUCCUCAGGUUUGACCAGAUCUGCGCCGAAAUCAAACCGACGCUGCAGGCUCGCAUCGCAGACGAGUACUCGUCCAACGCAGACUUCACAGACGUGUGGGACACUCUGCAGCGGAGCGCCAAGUGCUGCGGCGUGGCAGGACCUCGCGACUUUCUCCCCCUGACGCCGCAGAGUCCUGGCGAGGGAGGCAACAACACCACAAUCAUCGUUCCGCACAACCUGCAGGGUUGGUGGGGGUGGAGUAACGAGGGUGACGAGAGCAUCCUGGUGCCACAGAGCUGCUGCCGACCCGUGAUGGUUCUCGAGACCACCACCUCAGGGUCGCUGGCCAACGAGACCAUCAUCCUUCAGAGCAGGCAACGCUGCGAAGUCUUCUCCCUGGGUUGCGAGCAGCACCUGGUCAGGUGGCUCAGGUCGAAUUCCGACAUGUUGUUGGUCAUCGGCUACUGCGUGGUGGCCUUCGUCAAACUCACCUUCUUGGGCAUUCUGCACUACGAAAUCAGGGAGAUGCUGCAGAAGAUCAAACUGAUGCAGCAGGAGAGGGAGGCGUUCGCCAACUCAGGGGCAGACCUGACCCUGGCCAACCACUACCAAGCCCUGCCGACCAACCUUCCCCCCUCCCCUGUGCACAUGAACCACCUGAACCACGCCCACGUGCCGUCGCCGCAGCCGACGUCCGUGCGGCAACAGCCGCCGCCGCCGCCGGUCCAGCAACAGCAGUCGCAGCCCGAAAGUUUUUUCGGCUCGUCGCCCCCGACAUCGCUGCAGGCGCAGAUGCUCUGCUCGCCGUCCCAGUUCUCGCGAUUGCCAAAUCACUUGCUGCGUUGCGGCGAGCUGGACGGCAACAACUCGGACACGGGCAGCCAUUGCGCCCUCAUUUCUCUCGACUGCAAAUCGAGCAGUUUCGAUAACAAUAACAAAGACACUAGUACGUCGCGCCAGACGCAGAUCUGACUAUUGUGGCGUAGGUACGGCACCAUAGCCUUAUAGCGUGAUGACGAGCUUAACUCGCGGCAGAUUCAGUUGACUAUUUAAAAUAAUCAGAAUAUACGUUCAAGGCAGCACGUUUGCAACUUUACCAAGAACCACCGUAUAAAUUAGAUGAAAUUGAUAAAACGAUGAGAGAAGGCGGAUCCUUUUAGUGUCCAAGGUGAAGGAGAGGUUGACAAAUCAAAAUUACUCAUAAUUAUAUAUUUCACGGCAAUAUUUAUGUUCAACUUAUUUCCAAAAAAAUGUUUUGUAUAUAAAAUAUACUUCCUAAAUUGGAAAUAUAUAGUCUGCGAUUUAUAUAAGGCUGGAAUCCCAGCUAGAAAUUUGAUUUUUUUUUUGCCUGAAAAUUUUAGAUCUAACUGGUAACCAAUUUUCGUUAUUUAUAUUCUCCCUGUUUAUGUACAUUAAGAACCAGAUUUUGGAAAGUAUCAAAUUUUGCCAAGGUUGCAAACCACGUACCUUUUUUAUUUUUGUUGUAAAAAUAAUUUUUCUAUCACUUCUUCUCCACAGUUUUCUUUUUUUAAGACAAUACAUAAAACUGAUCUUUUUUUUUUGAAUGAU